AUGGCCACCGCCAUGCAGCACGCCGCCGGCUCGAACGCGGCCGCGGCUGACGACGUGGAGAUGGUGGAGGCGAGCGAGCUCCGGCGGCGGAACAAGCCGCGCGUCGACGGGGAGGGCGGCGGCGGGGGCGCCGUCGCCGCUGCGGAGGAGGACGAGGCGCCGUCCGUGGAGCGCGCGUUCGCGGACCAGCGCGUGCCGUCGUGGCGGGAGCAGCUCACGGUGCGAGCCUUCGUGGCGAGCUUCUUCCUGGCCACCAUGUUCAGCGUCAUCGUCAUGAAGCUCAACCUCACCGUCGGCAUCAUCCCCUCCCUCAACGUCUCCGCCGGCCUCCUCAGCUUCUUCUUUGUCCGCCUCUGGACGGCCGCCAUGGAGAAGGUCGGCCUCCUCAGGCAGCCCUUCACCCGGCAGGAGAACACCGUCAUCCAGACCUGCGUCGUCGCCGCCUACGGCAUCUCCUUCAGCGGUGGCUUUGGUAACUACCUACUGGCCAUGAGUGAUAGAAUCGCUUCCCAGGCAGAUGAGGCAAAUAACCCUCAAAAUAUCAAGAAUCCGCAUCUUGGAUGGAUAAUUGGUUUCCUCCUCCUUGUCAGCUUCAUUGGGCUCUUUGGUCUAGUUCCUCUGAGGAAGAUCAUGAUCAUCGACUACAAGCUGACCUAUCCAAGCGGCACUGCAACGGCCUAUCUCAUAAACGGCUUUCACACGCCCCAUGGUGCCAAGAUUGCAGUGAAGCAAGUAAAGAAACUGGGCUUAUUCUUCGUGCUCAGCUUCUUCUGGGGUUUCUUUCAGUGGUUCUACACAGCCACCGAUACUUGUGGAUUCAACCAAUUCCCAUCAUUAGGGUUGCAAGCUUACCAAAACAGGUUUUACUUUGACUUCUCUCCUACCUAUGUCGGAGUUGGAAUUAUUUGCCCACAUAUUGUGAAUGUAUCUGUUCUCCUUGGAGGCAUCCUGUCAUGGGGAAUAAUGUGGCCUCUCAUAGCCAAGAAAAGGGGUAUUUGGUUCUCUGCCGAUCUUGCUGAUACUAGUCUUCAUGGAAUGCAAGGUUACCGGGUGUUCAUAGCCAUUGCCUUGAUUCUCGGUGAUGGCCUCUACAACUUUCUCAAGAUGCUCAUUCUCACAGCCUGGUCAUUAAGAUCUCAACACAAGAAGAGUAGCGCUAGUACACUUCCAAUCUCUGAUGAUGAACCAAGUAACAGUACUGCAGCUAUAUCAUACGAUGAGGAGCGACGCAAUGAACUCUUUCUAAAGGAUCAAAUCCCCUGGUACAUUGCAUAUGGAGGCUAUGCUGCUGUUGCCGCCGUAUCUAUUGGCACUGUCCCGCAGAUAUUCCCUCAGCUGAAGUGGUACCAAAUAUUGGUAGCCUAUAUCGUAGCACCGAUACUUGCCUUCUGCAAUGCCUAUGGAACUGGCCUCACUGAUUGGUCUCUCGUUACAACUUAUGGAAAGCUCGCAAUCUUUGCUUUCGGUGCAUGGACAGGUGCUUCACAUGGAGGUGUUCUUGCAGGUCUGGCUGCCUGUGGUGUGAUGAUGAGCAUUGUUUCUACUGCUGCUGAUCUGAUGCAGGACUUCAAAACAGGAUACCUGACACUGGCCUCACCAAGGUCAAUGUUCAUCAGCCAAGUCAUAGGCACUGCAAUGGGUUGCGUAAUUGCUCCCUGUGUUUUCUGGCUUUUUUACAAGGCCUUUGAUAAUAUUGGGAUCAGUGGAACUGAGUACCCUGCACCAAAUGCUGCCAUUUUCCGCAGCAUGGCAAUAUUAGGUGUCGAUGGCUUCUCAUCGCUACCAAAGAACUGCCUUACUCUCUGCUACAUAUUCUUUGUUGGAGCAAUCGUUGUCAACUUGAUAAGAGAUCUUGUUCCCAAGAAGUUGCUUCCGGCUUGA